UCUAAUCAUCUUAUAGGCCAUGAAUUUGAAAACAAAUUGGUGAAAUUAUUAAAUGAGAAUGGAUUAAUUGCCAAUAUAAUCUCCUGCAAACAAGGAGAUUUUGGUGUUGAUAUUAUUGCAACAUUUAAUCAACAAGACAUCAUAAUUCAGGUUAAAAAUAUUGAGAAAGCUAUUGGUUCCCCUGAAUUACAAAAAAUUCAAUCAUCUUUUAAACAUUUUGGUGAAGAAAUUUUAGGAAUUAUUGUUUAUAACAGUGAAAAAUUAUCGAAUCCUUUAACAAAAUCUGCUAAAAUUUGGUUUGAUGCUGAUUUAAAAAAACUUAUUAAUAGUAUUGUUAAUGGAGAAGAAACUUAUAAGGAAUCUUCUAAAACAAUUUUAAAGCGUGAAUUAACAAAUCUUUUUAAUAAUAAAGUAGAAACUUCUUCUAAUCCAAAAAAGCAUAAAAAUUUAGAAGA